AUGUCCGAAAAAGUAUUAUCACCACUACCACCAAACAUUAUGACAACACGUAUAAAAGCACAUUAUCAACACGAGGGAGAACUUUUCGUCCAAAAAAGAAGACAUGUUCCUCCAGACGUACCAAAGAUGGUCUCUGAAACGGUGCACGAUGAUAUGCCAGAUCAACACACAGAAUUCUUUACUCACUUAAGUUAUUUCGCUAUUGCUACUAUUGAUUCUGAUGGAAGACCUUGGGCAACAAUUAUUGUUGGUUCACCUACAACACUCAUUUAUGCUGUAUCCAAAAUUCAAUUAAAUGUCUCGGUUGUUCUACCAGAAGGUGAUCCAUUUUUUUCGAGUGUAGUCAAUACAGUUAAUGCAACUAGUCGCUAUUUCGCUGGAAUUGGUGUAGACUUUAGCAAUCGUCGAAGAAACAAAGUAGCAGGAUUUAUUGCUUCUUCAAAUGUAGUUGACAAUACUCUCAAUAUGUCUUUAAUAACCAAUGAAAGUUUGGGAAAUUGUCCAAAAUAUAUUACAGUUCGAAAAUUAGAAUAUUGUGGAAGAUAUCCACAAAUAGGAGCUGACCAUCAAAAUGCAGACAAUAUUUCGUUAAAUCAAGAAUGCUUAGAUAUUAUCAGUCAAGCUAGUACCAUCUUUCUAGCCACUCGUCACAUUAGCAAUGUUUCUGACAAUACUUCAGAUCUUGGAGUGAACCAUCGUGGUGGGUUUCCUGGAUUUGUUCGAACUUAUGAAGAAAAUGGGAACACAUAUAUUGUUAUUCCAGAUUAUUCAGGAAAUCAAUUCUAUCAAUCUCUUGGAAAUAUUGAAAGGGAUAGACUUGCUGGUGUUGUAUUUCCUUGCUUCACUACUGGUGAUAUGCUUCAUGUGACCGGUAUUGCUGAAAACAUUUAUGAUGAUGAAGCCGAACGUAUCAUGCCUCGUGUUACUUUAAUUACAAGAAUUAAAUUGAAUGGAUAUGUGUGGAUCAAGGAGGCUCUCAACCUCAAAUUACUUUCUCCUGAACAAUAUUCUUUGUAUAACCCACCUGUUCGCUACCUUGCAAUCGAACUCGAGAAAAUGAAAAAACCAUCAAAACCAGCAACCACUAAUGCUACCUUGGUAGAUAUUAAGAGCCUAACCCAGCAUAUUUCAAGAUUUACAUUUGAAUUAGAAGAAAAGGUUUCGUUUAAACCUGGAGGAUUCGUUAUCCUUAAUUUUGCGCCUUUGAUUAAACGAGCAUAUCAACACAUGAACAAUGAUAAUCCUCAAUCGCUCAAUGAUGACCAUGUUCGAACAUGGACCAUCUCUUCAUCUCCUGCAUUUGAUUCAAAUACGAAUAUGUUUCAAACUACAAACAAAGUAUCAUAUCAAGAAACGAUGGCAAGUAGUUUAAACAAACAACAUCCUUGGUUUGAAAUCUGUCAUCCACGUCCGACAGCUAAAUAUCAAGUAUUUAUUUUCCCAGCUGCUGGUCCGACAGGUUCAUAUUAUCGUGAUUGGGAUAGAGAUUUUCCUGAAUAUGAAUUUUCAAUAAUAAUCUAUCCAGGAAGAUCAACUAGAUUUAAUGAUAAAUUAAUAACAGAUCUGAAAGAAUAUAUCGAACAAUUGGAUGAAGGACUUUUACCAUAUAUUAAUAAGCCAUGUUUUUUUAUUGGACAUAUUCUUGGAUGUGUAAUUAGUUUUGCAUUAGCCAAACAUAUGAUUGAUACAAAAAAUAAAGGAAAUUUAAUUCAAUUGAUGGUUCAAAUGGGAAGAGGACCACUUCAUUUAAAAAGUUCUAAUAAAUAUUAUAUCGAUAUGACCGAUGCAGAAAUCAUUGAGGAAUUAAAAACAAUAGCUGAUCCUAUUACUAGAUAUAUCUACGAUGAACCUUCUUAUAUUAAAAUGUUAUUACCAAUGUUGAGAGCUGAUUCACAAGUUGGUAAAGGAGUAUUGCCAGAAACUCCACUGAUGAUUCCGAUUAUUGUUUAUGUUGGAGAAAAAGAAGCAAGUGCUAAUGAAGAAUACUUAAACAAUUUGUUUCGUGUACGAAUGUUUCCUGGACAUCAUAAUUUUCAAGCAGAAUGUAGUCCACAAGUAUUAACAUGUCUUAAACAAGAGUUUAAUAAUAUAAUCAGUAUUUUAAGAAUGUAUUAA